GCGCACGGUGGCGGAGGUUGCGCGGUCAGCGGUCUCGGCGGCGGCCUUCGCCGCCGCGGCGCCGCCACCGCCCGUCGCCGCCGCUGGCGCCGGGGUGCUGCUGCGGCCGACCCGACGGCGCUCGCCGCUCGGCGUCGGCGCCGCCGACAGCGCCGCGCGGCGCGGAAAGCCGCCGCGGCGCCCCCUGCAGCCGCAGGCGAGGGCGCUGGGCAGGUUGUUGGAGCCGCUGCUGCCGCUGCUGGUGCGGGCCUCGCGCUCGCCCCCGUGGCCGCUGCGGAG